AUGAAGGUGGGCAGCAUGGUGUUCACAGUUGCUCUUGUGUUCAUCGGGUGCCUACUCAUGGUUGGACAAUGUCGUCCUGAGCCCAAGAGCACCUAUGAAGAUGGCCAUAGCAACACGACUAUGGUGUUCCAGAGCAAACUUGCCUUGAAAUGGUGUGUCGCAAGGGAUUGUAAGACCAAGCAUGAACCGUCGCUAUUCGCCCCUCGAUGCUUUUGCUGUUUCAAUGCGCAGGGAACACCUUGCUUUAAAUCCAUAGGGGAUUGCCAGAAUCACUGCCCAACUCUUCCACCCGGAAAAUAA